GAUAUUUGGUUUACUAAUUAUUUCUAUCACGUGGCGGGCAUCAAACUCCGCCGGCAAAACUACGAGGACAAACACAGAGAGACGGAAUGGAGAGCGAAACCCUAAUUGAAUUGGCGAUUAGGGUUCUGAACACAGCCGAUCCGUUCGAAAAAGCCCGGCUUGGCGAUUCGAUUGCCGUCAAAUGGCUCCAAGGUGCUAUCUCCGAGCCAUAUGAUCCCACCGUUGAUCUCCCCGUCCCGGACAGGCCGGCUCGUCUCACCAAUGUGAAAUUGGUGUCUCCGAGUUUGAUGCCGAAGCUGGGAAGAGCUGGUAGCUUACAGAGCAGGCAAGCAAUUGUACAUAGCCUUGUUCAUACUGAAAGCUGGGCAAUUGACUUAUCAUGGGAUAUAAUUGCUCGUUUUGGCAAGCUAGAGAAGAUGCCGAGAGAGUUCUUCACGGAUUUUGUUCUCGUAGCUCAGGACGAAGGCCGUCAUUUCACAUUGCUUGCAGCUCGGCUUGAGGAGAUCGGUUCUCGUUACGGUGCAUUGCCUGCACAUGACGGUCUUUGGGACUCUGCAGCCGCUACUUCUCAGGAUCUCUUGGCUCGUUUGGCUAUAGAGCAUUGCGUUCACGAGGCUAGGGGGCUUGAUGUACUGCCCACGACGAUAUCCCGGUUUAGAAACGGAGGUGAUAAGGAAACAGCUGAUUUACUGGAGAGCGUUGUGUACCCUGAAGAAAUCACUCACUGUGCAGCUGGAGUGAAAUGGUUUAAGUAUCUAUACACACGUUCAAAGGAUCCGGAAUUCACCAUCAACAGCAAAGAAUCAGAUGAUAGCAAUGAAGAGAUUAUUAACAAGUUUCAUUCUGUAGUAAGGGAACAUUUUAGAGGACCGUUGAAACCGCCUUUCAACGCCGAAGCAAGAAAAACUGCAGGCUUUGGUCCUCAAUGGUAUGAACCUCUUGCUGUCAAAGAGAGCAAUGCCUAGCAAAAUCAAUCAAGUCUUUUUUUUCGCAUACUUGGUUUGUUUGUAAUCUGCAAGUUUCCAGCAAUGUAACCAUUGGUUUUGACAAGAAGUACUCGUUCUUGAAAUCGAUAACUCAUGUAAUUUAAAUUUUGAAAUACAUUUGUUUGAAGAAAAUAAAGGAAUCAAAAAGCAGUUUUUUAAAAA